UUUUUUGUCCCUGUGCGCUGUACCGAUCUAAUAUCCUACUGCAACGAACAUCAGUCUUGGGAAGAGAAACGAUCAAACAAGACUAAAAUCCAUCGGGAUUAGGAUAUCAGAGAAGAUGAAGGUGGAAGUUCUCUUUGGUUUUCCCCACGAAUGAAAGGUUCUUCAGGGCUGGUGGCUUCUUCACAUUCUUCAGGGGUGGCUUUACCACAUUCCACUCUCGCCAAAAAGUCCAAACCUGCUUAGCUGCUCGUGUCGCGGGACAAAAUGAACUGCCGUCGGACCCUAAACGUCGAAAACCAGCAGCUCAACUCACCCAAACGCCCAUCACCAUCGCCUUCUCAUUUUCCCGCCAGUUAUCGCAGCCCUGAUGAAGCUUGUAGAUCUUCUGAUCAUGCACUACUGGCGAAUCCUGGUGGAUUGACGGAAAGUUCAAGAAAAACAUCUACUUCUGGCACACCAUGUCAGUUUGAUGGUAUGCCAGCUUCAGAUCAAUUGUGCAAGCAUAAUCAUCAGCAACACUUGCCAUUUGAUAUGGGAAACCUUAAUCUGAUGCAUAAUUCAUCAGUACAAACACAUGGUUCAGGUCACUCACCAUCCUACAAUUCCAAUUUGGAGAAGUCUUUUGCUUCAAGAGAUACUUGGAUUGAUCCCAAGUGCAAGCCCUUACAUGUGAGGAGAAUGCAGAGGGACCAAACACAGUAUGCAGAGGAAGGAGAUUCUAACUUACCAAAUUCAAAUUCCUCUAGUGUUUCUGAUGCUGCCAGCAUUGGCAAAUCAUCUCCAUUAGCUAAUUACAUUAUAAAGGGCAGCACUUUUGAGAAGGGCAGUAACCAUGAGGAAAGUUCUCAUGGGAAAAUGGGUAUGAAUGACAUACCUGAAGAUUCUAGAUUCCAUUUUGACAUCUGUCCAUCUGGAUCCGUUAUCAAGCUAAAAGCCCCGCUUCAUCUCAUGAAUAGAGAAAAGAGGAAUGAAACUAAGCGCAACACAGGUGGACUCUGCAUUACAUCAUUGAGGCCUGGGAUGAUUUUGUUAAAGAAUUACAUUUCCUUCAAUGAUCAGGUUAAAUUGAUAAAGAAGUGCAAGGAUCUUGGACUGGGUCCUGGAGGCUUCUAUUUACCUGGCUAUCGUGAUGGAGCAAAGCUGAACUUGAAGAUGAUGUGCCUUGGUAAAACUUGGGACCCUGAGACAAGUACUUAUGGCGAUGAAAGGCCUUGUGAUGGCUCCAAACCUCCCAUUAUUCCUAAAGAAUUUUGUGACUUGGCUAAAAGGGCUAUAAAAGAUUCCCAUGCACAUAUAGAGAAAAACUCCAGAAAAAGAAAUGUGGAAGAUGUUUUACCCUCGAUGUCGCCUAACAUCUGCAUAGUCAAUUUCUACUCAACAAGUGGCCGCCUUGGUCUCCAUCAGGACAAAGAUGAAAGCCAAGAGAGUCUUCGUAGAGGAGUGCCCGUGGUGUCCUUUUCAAUUGGUGACUCUGCAGAAUUUUUGUAUGGUGACCAGAGAGAUAUUAACCAGGCGGAGAAAAUCAGACUGGAAUCCGGGGAUGCGCUGAUAUUUGGUGGUAAAGCUAGGAACAUAUAUCAUGGUGUCUCAACUAUUUUUCCAGACACAGCUCCCAAGGUUCUGUUAGAAGAGACAAAUUUGAGGGCUGGCCGUCUGAAUCUCACUUUUAGAGAGUACUGACGACAUUUUUUGUGGGUUGGAAGCUGGAUCAAUUCUUUGAACUCAACUGAAUUGUAACCUUAAAUCCUUUCUAUGUCCUUUGAUGUAUUCCUGCUAAGACAGGAAAUUGGUAAAUCGCCAAAAAGAAAAUUUGCAAGAACUUGAGAAAA